AUGAAGGUCCCCCUUGGUCCGUCGGAGCAUCCAAACCAGCUUUUGCGGAAGCUUGGGGCCCAGUAUGACCCGGACCUGUCCAUUAGCGAUGCUUUUCGUCUCGUUGGCCUACGGCGAGGCUGGAAACAAGGAUCUAAGACUUGGAAGAGAAAUUGGAAUGCUUGCAUGAAUAGCGAGUAUGAUCGGUUGAUUGGCUGCCGGGUCUCUAGUCUCGCAACUUGGCAACAGCUAUGUGCUAAAGUGGGAAUCAAGGAUUCCUUCAGUUCAAUCACCCAGUGCAAGAAGGCCCUGGUCCGUGUCCAUGUGAACAUCGUCGAUGUUCUAGAUUCCUGGAACUCCGAUGUCACCCCAAUUUGUUUCAGAAACAAGGACGCUCUUGCUGCGUAUACCCAGUCCAGCACCAAGUUCUUUGGCCGAGAGAUCGCAAAGCAGGAUAAGGUUCUCCGAGUUCUGUUGCGCAAGCUGCUUUGA